AUAAAGCCACGAAUUCAUUCGUUAUAACAAAUCAGCUGACAAUUAACACAAAUAUUUAUUUCCUUGUGGCAAAUUGCUCGCAGCAAAUUUUUUCAUAAAUCAUUGUAAUAAAGGAAUAAUUUUAACGAAAAAAUGACGAGCCAAUCCACCGGGAUACAGCAACUUCUAGCUGCUGAGAAGAAAGCAGCAGAAAAGGUUACUGAGGCAAGGAAACGCAAGGCAAAGCGUCUGAAGCAAGCGAAAGAUGAGGCGGUUGAGGAGAUUGAGAAGUAUCGUGGGGAGCGCGAACGUUUAUUGAAGGAAUAUGAAGCAAAGUAUAUGGGCUCACGGGAAGGCGUUGCAUUGAAGAUUGAUGUCGACACUCAAAAUAAAAUGGAAGAACUAAAAAAGGCAGUGGAGGAUCGGAAGGAUACAUUAAUCACUGAUCUUUUAGAACUGGUUUACAAUAUUAAACCAGACGUGCAUAGGAAUUAUUCUAAGAAAUAAAUUAACGGAAAAUCUCAAUCUUUGAAAGAUAAUGCAAUAUGAACCAUAAAAUGGUUAUCCAAAUGAUAUUUUAUGUUUGAUAGAAAUUUCAGUCGAAAGACAAACAUUGUGCAAAUGCGAAUUUAAUAGUACAUUUUAAAUGUAGUGUUAUUGUUCUAAAUUAAAUACUCGAAUGUUGUAAUUUUAAUAGUCAUCGUCGUAACAUAUUGUGAAAAUUAAAUAACUAAAGUUAGUUUAAUUUUAUUUAACAAAUUAUAAAUGUUAAACUAGUCAAUAUACACAACUACCAAAUUUUCCAAUAAAGGUCACAUAUUAAUGCACGUAAUAUAAAAUUUUGUCAUUGAAUUGAACAUAACAAGUCUCAAAAACUCCUCUAAAUUAAAAAUCUGCUGUUUUAAAUUUCAACGAUCCGGCAGCACGGUUUUUACUCGCUGUCAUUGACGAAAAUUUUUGCAGCGUUUUGAAGGGACCCUGAAAUACGUGAAAGUUCACAGAAAUUUUAUAAAAAUUAACUCAAAAGAAACUACAUCAACAUUAUAAAAUUGUUAAAUACGUAUUGCAAAUUAGCUUUGCAAUAAAAAUAUAAAUUUUCGCAGAUUAAAUAUGGGUUCCAAUGAACGAGAAUCACGUUCUUCAGAGUCACGUUCAGACGAUCCACUAAAUGACGGCAUGGUGCCAUCAAAGAAGUCUCGUUCAGAUUCGGUUAAAUUUCUCUGCCUUUGAUUUCAUAUUGAACCGGUGCAGGUGCCAUUCGCCUACAAACUGCAAAGCACAACCAUUACAUCGCGCUCCCGACUGCACUGUUAUCAACUUCUAAAAACCGAAACAUCAUUAAAACGUCGUUGCAUAAAUUAAUAUGUAUAUGAAUAUGGAUUUUUUUAUGCGCAUAUACAAUUUUAUCCGUUAUUCAACAUUAGACAAAAGUCCUUUUUCUUUGAGUAAAUUUUCAAAAAAAUUUGUUGCGUGUAAACUGUGUGAAAUUAACUAAUUCUUACUGCGAAUAAAAUUUUUGAUUUUCAUUAACUUUAUAUGAGGUACGAUUGCAAGGCAAGAAAUAUUUUUAGCAACAAAGUCAGCUGUUACAAAUUUACAGUUUAAAAUAUUAUUAGAAAAAUGCUUAAAUUAUAUGCUUUUAACGUCUAUUUUUUAAUACUUGUUUUAGGGUAAUUUAAAAAGCCUUUUAGAGGUAUUUACCGUGUCAUUACUCAGAUCCUAAUCCUUAUAGUUGUAAAUUUUAAAAUUUAAUUAUUUAAUUAAAAAAUUUCCUAGGAGAAGUGUAAUAAAUAUAAAAUUCAGCGGUUAUGGUUUUAUACAACAAGUCGCUUGCAGAUGCAUAUUCAAUUAUGUGCUCGUUUUUGCAUACAUCAAUAUGUUCAAUUUUUCCACUCCAAACUUUUGUUUCUCGAAGCUAAAAUCCGAAAAUUAGCUGAGAUUGGAAACCUUUAGCUCUGCGUAAACCCAGAAAAUGCAAUUCAACGUUCCAAUGAUUUGUUUUCAUUCUACAGAAUUUAGCAUAAAAUUUAUACAUUUAUAGUACAUGCGUAAAAAAAAAAAAAAAAAAACAAAACAAAAA